AUGCCUAGGCAAUCAGGCGCAGACACAGGCUGCUCGGAAUGGCUGAACAAUUGCAUGAGCAUCAUCUGCAAUUUUGCAGGCAGCGGGUCUUUCAAGAAGACCAAGGCAUCCUUUUGGAUUGCGUGUGACGAGACAGACGAGCUGCAGAAACAUGACUGGCUGCGUGCGGCACCUGCUGAGGGAAUGGAUUUCUCAGAUCAACAACUGGAGCCAGAUUUUUUCUAUUUGACUGAGAAAGCUGCGUGCCAUCUGAAAGUGGUCUUGGAAUAUUCCCGGCGUGCAAACCUCGGUCACUACACUGCAAGUUUCGAUGAACCGGGGAAGCUGUCAGUCUUGGAGCUGAUCCAUUUUCUUGCUGCCAAUGCGUGGGCUGAAGAGGUCUGCCCAGCAGGCAAAAUCACGCAGAAGCCUCCCGUGACUGCUCGUGGCCCGUGGGUUUGGUAUUCUCAGCCCAAGAAGGCCCCAGCUCGCGCGUAUCUUUUGGUCCUUGCCCAGUGCACUAGAAUAUGGAACACUUGUGCGGAGAUCCACCAUGGACAAGUGAACAAGCAUCCGGGUAAGGAUUGCAUGUGUUUGGUACUUAGUGCCGAGUGCUGA